UCGAAGUUGUAGCAAUGGACAGUAUGACGGCUCGAACGGAAGCAGAAGUCCUUAUCACUCCGGCACCCGAAGUCACGGAAAACUCUUCAUCACAGCAAGAACAAUCAAAUCCACCUUUGGUGGAUCAAGUGUUCUUUCUUUUCAAAACCUACCUGGCCUCCCAACUCAACGAACGAAGCAAGCAGCUCGAAGGAAAGUCGAAAGUCGUUAAGGAAGCCGCCGAGUUCAAAUUCAAGGGUAAUAGGAAGCAGUUCGAGUUAAAUGCCCUACUGGACCACAUCUUUGGUCAGAUAGAGGUCAGCCUGAACGAACCGCAAGAGAUCCGCAAGCUGGUGGCAGAAGGGCGACAGCUCAUCAAGAGACGACAAAAGUUAAUAAUGUGGGGAAUUAGUGAGGAGCCCACACUGUCACUGUUUUCUUCCAGAAUUUAUUGCUCAAAAAAGCAGGCAGAACAACGUUACGCGAAGUCUCUGACCGACUAAAAACUACUCGCAAUGAUUUUCUUAUCUCAUGAACACACCUUGAUCAAAACGUAAGUUGAUUGGCUAUAAAGUUCUUCCCAACAAAGAUAAACAAACUGAUUUAUCGGAGCGGACAGAUCGUGACACUCGAUUUCCGGCAGAUAAUUUUGAAUCGUUACAAUACUAAUU